GCUCGUGCUCGAUCGCCGGUCGCCGCCUCCUCCCGUUAGCUCCAAAGGCUUCAAAGCUCAACCCUAGUUUAUCUCGCUGCGGCCGCCCGCAGGCGCAUCCCUCGGCCGCCCGGACAUCCCGCCCCGCCGAAGCCUUGCCGUCGACGCCAGUUCGUCCUCCCGCCAAGGCCGGGCCGUCUCCACCGGCGCCGUUCCUCCCUCAGCAAUCGGCUUCGCCUCUCGCAGUGCCGCUCGCCUCCCGGUAGCACAAUGAAGGUCAAGAUUCUUCAGUGGCAUGCGGUAGCUUCUUGGACAUGGGAUGCGCAAGAUGAAACGUGUGGCAUAUGCAGGAUGGCAUUUGAUGGCUGCUGCCCGGACUGUAAGUUCCCUGGCGAUGAUUGCUCACUCAUCUGGGGUGCCUGCAACCAUGCUUAUCAUCUUCACUGCAUACUGAAGUGGGUCAACUCUCAAACAUCCACACCCCUUUGCCCCAUGUGCCGUAGAGAAUGGCAGUUUAAGGGCUAAAGCACAGUGGCACGUCUGGAACUGUAUCAGCAGCGGCUUUCAUUUCUCCUUGGAAAAUACUAGAAUGUAUUGUUUUAUGGGAACUUAAGUGAUGCCGUCUUUGAAGUACUCUGUAUUGUUUGCUACAAAGUUCAAAUCCUGAUUGUCAGCAUCUGCUCAAGUGACCCUGUGUAUGCUUCUGAGUUUGUGACCAAGCAAAUGAAAUGAUAUAUUUUCUGAA